UUAUCAGAUAACUAGCUGAGCUAGUUAAAUAAAAUAAAGUAAAAUUACCAUUUCAUUUCUUAUCAGUUAUCUCAUUUAAUUUAUUGAAUUCCUUUUAACGAUAACAUAUUUCUUACAAACUAGCCGAGGUGUAAAGUGCAAUAGUUCUUUUAUUAGGGAGUGUCAAAGAGUUAGAGACAUGAAAUUUGGAAAACUAAUUGGGGCCAUCGAUGAAGGUACAUCUUCCGCUCGGUUUAUGAUCUUCAAAGCCGGAAAGGAUGAAAUAGUUUGCUAUCAUCAGAUGAGUGUCCCCCAGAUCUACCCUCAAGAAGGAUGGGUAGAACAGGAUCCAAUGCUAGUGCUUUCUAUUGUGAGUACGUGCAUUGACGAAGCACUAAAAAAACUCGUAGAACUGGGAGGACAAGUUGAAGAUAUAGUGGCUGUGGGGUUGACCAAUCAAAGGGAGUCGACAGUUGUGUGGGACAAAAAUACUGGCAAACCUUUGCACAAUGCCAUCAUCUGGUUGGAUAUGCGAACCUCUUCCACUGUUGACCAUUUGAUGGAGAGCAUCCCGAAUAAGUCGUAUAAUAAAAACUAUUUGAAACCCCUCUGUGGCCUGCCGCUUUCUCCGUACUUUUCUGGGCUUAAACUGCGUUGGCUAAAAGACAACGUACCACACGUAACCAAGGCCAUGAAAGACGGCACUUGCCUUUUUGGGACGGUGGAUUCCUGGUUGAUUUGGAAUCUCACUGGUGGUCUUCAUAUAACCGACGUCACUAAUGCCUCCCGAACGAUGCUCAUGAACAUCGAAACCUUGCAAUGGGAUCCACAUCUGCUUAAGUUUUUCGACUUGCCACGCAGCAUUUUACCCGAAAUCCGUUCAAGCGCUGAAGUUUAUGGUGACAUAACACUGCCAUCGCUGAAGGGAAUUCCCUUAGCAGCUUGUCUGGGAGAUCAGCAAGCUGCUCUAGUGGGACAACAGUGUUUGCACAGAGGACAAGCCAAAGCAACUUUUGGAACUGGAUGUUUUUUACUCUACAAUACCGGCAACUCCAUUGUAAGUUCAGCCCAUGGAUUGCUUACAACUGUAGGUUAUCAAUUGGGCAAAACAGCCAAUCCAGUUUACGCUCUCGAGGGUAGUGUUGCAAUAGCGGGAGCAGCUUUCAAUUGGCUGAAAGACAAUCUUGGUGUCAUUGGAAACCUCAGUGAAGUAGAGGAAUUGGCAAGUUCAGUAAAGAACUGCGGUGAUGUUUACUUUGUGCCAGCGUUCAGUGGAUUGUAUGCUCCUUAUUGGAAUCAAGAAGCUAGAGGAGUGAUCUGUGGAAUUAGCGAAGAAACUACAAGUGAACACAUUGUGCGGGCGACUUUGGAAGCUGUGUGCUUUCAAGUCCGCGACAUACUCGACGCAAUGAACAAAGAUUGUGGAAUUCCUUUGGCAAACUUGAAAGUUGAUGGUGGAAUGACUGCCAAUAAUCUUCUUCUACAGACUCAAGCCGAUCUGGUUGGAAUCAAUGUCAUUCGACCAAAAGUUGCUGAAACAACUUCUCUGGGAGUGGCUCUAGCAGCUUACAAAGCCAUUUCUGAUGCCGACAUUGAUGCACCUGUAUCCGAUGCUGAUAAAAACAGAAUCUAUAAGCCUCUAAUUGGUGAAAACGAACGAGAUGUUCGUUACUCAAAGUGGAAAAUGGCAGUGGAACGUUCAUUCGGUUGGGAUUCAUGUCACGCAGAUGUUCGAAAUCUCUCAUCUUCAUUCUAAGAACACCAAUCGAGAUAUUAAAAAUACAAUCAAUCAAUAAUAAUAACACGAUAAUAGCGAUUUUGUUCUGUUGUUUCAUAUGUGGGUUAUGUCUUUAUAGGGUCAACGAUUUUGUUCAUGUUGAAAAAUUAAAUUAUAAAAAAAGAACCAAAUAAAUAACGAGUAAAAUAAUAAAUAUUUAAAAAGAAAAAUGAAA